GUAUGUGCUUCUCUCUCGUGAUCCUCAGCUAAACAUUUCCAUCCUCACUGGACAGAGACACCUUUGUUAACCCAGGAGCAGCAAGGUCCUCAUAGCGUCUCACCUCUUUCUCUCACUCUGCAUCUUCCCGUCCGUGUCCACAGACAAACAUGCCUUGUACAGUGACUCCACAGCUUCUCCUCCUGCUAUUUGCUGGAAUUUUGCUCCCUGCUAUGUUCACAGGGUAUCCACAAGUGGCCGCUCCCACCCUAUGGCAAGAACCUGCAGAGCUUCCUUCGGGAGUGGAACCAAUUGAAACCACACCAUCUGUUCGGCCUUCAGAUGUUACAGGGGUGCCCCCCGAUACUUCAGACCCAGAUCCAACACAUGAGGAGCCCCUGGGUAACGAUGAUGGUUCUCUAGGUCCGGGGGCUGUAGCUGCGAUUGUCCUGGCGUCUCUGCUGGGGACCUCUGUGCUCAUUGCUCUGAUUGUGAUUACUCUUCGAAAAUUCUCAGCUCCAUAAACAAAAAGAAGAAUCAACCUGUGUGCUGACCUUGAUGGCCCAUGUGCACGUGUGACAAAAGAAAACCUAAACAAGCAACUAAAUUGCAGAUGGACCCCCUUUGUUCCAUGCCACUGCUUUCUAUUCAAAGCAUGCUUUGUGGGACCUUAUGUUACCAAACCCAGAUGUUUUUUCAGGACAAGCAACAAUCCUUCAGCAAUUGUUUUUCUUCAACUAAUGUGCUUUAAAGUGUAUUACUAAAUCAGAAAUAUGUAUGAGAUGAGAAAAAUAGAUUUUAUUGCUCCUGUUGAUCAGAAAUAUAAUAAAUUUGCUGCUCUUAGACUCUAAA